CCUGGAUUGUGUGGUUUGUCAAGUGAUAUUUUCUUUUCACAGCUCUGGCAGCCCUUAGCGGCGCUUAGCUAGCUUACUGACAGUCGUCAUUAAAAACAAGUUUGGCUGUAAUUUUACUUUAAACUAACAUUACCAUAUUUUGUAUAUUUUACUCCCAGGUUCAGCACAAGCGAGGCUACUUGGCUGCAUUUUAAUGGAGAUGCUGUCAAAAACACCCGUUGCUGAUGCUACGCGGGAGAAGGAUCUCUGUCCACCACCAGCACCCAGUGGAGUAGUAUCUGACAGCCUGUCACUCCCAUCUUAUAGAGAGUAUCCUGCUCACCGUCCCUUCAUCAACACACUUCUGCAGCACACACCCCAAACACGCACACAUCAGUUUUGUCGCCCUUCAUCACCCAGCAAGGCAUUCCCAGAGACCAGCAGUGCAGAGAUCUUCUCUGCCUUGAGGAACCUCCAGGAGAAGAUCAAGAGGCUGGAGUUGGAGAAAGGACAUGCAGAGCUCAGUCUGCACACUCUGGGGGAAGAUGCAUCACACACACAUCUGCAGAGUGAUAAAGUCACACAGAGACUCUUAAAGGAUCACACAGACACAAAAAGAGAGAGAAGUGGCCAGUCCAACUGCAAUCAAGUGUUGAUCACCCACCUGGCUGCGGCAGAGUCUCGCUGUGUGAAGUUGGAGCGACAGCUGGAUCACAUGAGGAGGAUGUUGCGCAGUGCCAGGGCAGACAGGACCAGCCUGCUCAAACAGCAGGUUACCAUGGAGACAGCCAAGUCGGCUGAUCAACAAUCUGACACGGUGUCUGAGCAUGCCCAGUUGGAGAAGCUGGAGCGACUGGAGCAGGAGUAUCUUAGGCUGACACGCACACAAAACAACGCUGAGAUGAAGCUUCGGGAGCUGGAGAUGAAACUACAGGAGGAGGAGCACCAGAGAAAGCUGGUCGAGGAUAAGGCCAAUCAGCUACAGACAGGUUUGGAGACCAAUAGAAUAUUGCUGCAGUCAGUGUCCCCUUGCCUGUCCAGCAGACAGUCCAAAGAGAAGAAGUCCAAUUCAAAGAAAUCUUCACCACAGCAGUCGUCCUACACACAGCCACACUAUAGACUGAGCCUCAGAGAUGUACCUUUUGUUGCUGGAACGGUAUCAGUAGGCUGCAGCCACUCUGUCAGAGCAAACGUCCAGUCAGUUUUGUCUCUCCUGAAGAGACACCAGCCACACCUCUGCAACAGCCGUGUCCUCUCUAACAACGCAAACAGCUAUGAGACGGGUGGUCUCAGGCAUUCAGACAGCUCCUCUUCUUCCUCGUCCACUAGUGGGGAGGAGCUAUCGGAGCUGCUGCAAGCACUACAGGAGGAGCUGCGUCUCAUGAGCUUGGAGCAGGACGAGUUGAUGAGGCAGGAGGAGGCCAGUGUUUCUGACCAGGAGAGAAAAGAACUUCAGAGGGAGCAGGAGAGGCUGCUGCUGAAAAUGGAAAGGAAAGGAGAGCAGAUCAGUAAGCUCUACAAACACAAAACACAGAUAAAGAAGUUAAGAAAGGAAGCUAAUUCCAGGCGCAACAGUGGGAAUGAGGUGAGAGUCAUUACCACAGUGUCCACUAGAGGUCGCUCUAAAGUUGGACCAGGAGAGAGGAGCAAGAGGAACCUGAGGCUGCUGAGGGACAUGAGGGCUCUGCAGACCUCAUUACGGACCUGAAACUCGCCAGGAUAUGAACACAGCACAUUAGGUUAAUCGUUUUGGUGCUCUCAACCUACCAUUAUUUCACCAUCGACACAGCCACUGACUGUUUUUUUGUCGUUCGUGCAUUCGAAACAUUGUAACGCAUCUAAAAAGACUGUUUUAAACCAGACCUAAGCAUGUUGGAGCACGUUGGCUCAGACAUCUCCCUGGAUCAGUUUGUUUUUUUGUUUUACUUGAUUUUUAAGUCCUUUACCAGCAGAGGGCAUGGCAUUCAUAAUCCCAUCUUAACUAUUAUAUAAUUGAAGAUCCAUUGAGUGCUGGAAAAUAUAUUUUUAAUUUGUGUUUUUUUUAUCUAGUUUCUGGGGCAUGGAAACAUAUUUUACAGUAAUGGACAACCUGGACAUAAGAUUCUCACAUUUCAUAAAUAUUGAUAAAUUGGAAUUAAUUGGUAGUGUAAAGAAACUGUAGUGAUGAAAUAGUUUCUGCAAUUGAAUGUUGUGCUGAAGGACCUAAAAAUACACUUUACUCAAUUUAGUGAAAAAAAAAGGAACUCCCUUGAUUUGUCAUAUUGUAGACUCUCAGUGUGUUUAUUUGCACAUGUGUUGUGUGUUAUGAUGAGAAUAUUUAGUAAUUAUUUCUACAAAUAUAUGUAGUAGGAUUUUGUUAUUUUUUGGCAAUCAUGCAAACCUAUUUUUGAGUGAUAACAUUUCUCUAAGAAAUAAAGUAUUUACUGUAUGUUUGCACAUGACUACAA